AUGGGACUGAACAAGGACGCCAGCCACACCUACGUGCACAUGCACCGCGCGCGCGACGCCGACCUGUUCGAGGACUUCUGCAAGGAGAAGCUGCCGGACGACGAGGUCUACGUGCCGCCGCAGCACCAGCCGAUCAACCCGGAGGACGAGGACGACGUCGUGCCGGACCAGCACGCGGCGUUUGGUAUCACCAAAGCGACGCAGCGCCAGCGCGAAGCGGCGUGGAAGGAUUUGGGGCUGUCGGGGCUGAUGAAUCGGGGGCCGCCGCCGCCUGGGGGGUGGGAGCAGGGCCAGGGGGCCGGCGGGGGUGGUGCUGGUGCUGGGGCUGGGGCAAAGAGGCUGCCGCGGUAG